AUGUAUGAUUUCGCCUGUAACGGUGUUUCUCCACUUCGAGCUGCAACAGCAUUUUCGAGCGUAUUCCCAAGUACCAGCCAGGCUUUAGACUUCGGUGGUAGGGGACGCUUUGCUCUGCCUGCCAAGUAUUCCGCAGACGGUAAUGCCAAAAACUAA